AUCUGAGGUAUGGAUGCACCCCACCCUGCUACUUAAUGAACAGAAGAGCUCGACGGCUUUUGGAAUCCUGUCCAAGAAGACCGCAGCUUCACACCAGCUUGAGAAAAUGCUGCCGGUGGGGCGGAUGCUGCUGGCCUCGUGUCUCCUGUUCCUUCGUGUUGCGCUCGGUGUCAGUGAGACAGACAGAAGCUUCCAGAUCUACAGCGACAAGAACAACAGGUGCGUGAGGGUGACGAAUCCCGGUUUGAUUAUCACCGAAACCUGUAACCCGAAGCUCCUUGGCCAGAAGUUUCGCUGGGUGUCACAAAACCAAAUCCUGAGCCUGCUGCACAAGAAGUGUCUCGGUGUGCCGAAAGCGGCCGAACGCGGGAAGGUGACGCUGUUUGACUGCGAUGACAAAAAUGAGCUGCAGCACUGGGAAUGCAAGAGCGAGAACGUGGUGAACCUCAAGGGCCACGAGCUGCACCUGUACGGCGAGAACCUCAGGGGCGCAAACCUCAUGGUGUGCAACGGUUCUCAGUGCUCGAGCAGCUGGAAGAUAUAUGGCACCGCGGAUGACAUCUGCUCAGUGCCAUAUGAAGAAAUAUACACCAUUAUGGGCAAUGCCCAGGGAGCCCCAUGUCGGUUCCCCUUUCGCUACCAGAACCAGUGGUACAGCGACUGCACCCGGGAUGGAGAGUCGACCGGCCGCCUCUGGUGCGCCACGGUGCCAGACUAUGACAAGGAGGAGGUGUGGGGCUACUGCCCACCAGCUUCUGCGGGCUGGAUCGCGGAUCCAGUGACUGACGAACUUUACCUGGUGAACCCAAGUGCCCUGCUCACGUGGCACCAGGCUAGGACCAGCUGCCAGCAGCAGUAUGGCGACCUACUGAGUGUGGGGCAACCUCACGAGCACACCUACCUGUCAGGCCUGACUGCAUCUCUUGGCACUCUUCUUUGGAUCGGGCUGAACAGCCUCAGCUCUGAAAGUGGCUGGCAGUGGAGUGAUGGGAAACCAUUACGGUAUUUAAGAUGGGCUCCCGGGAAUCCAUCUCCUGCGCCUGGGCAGAACUGCGCAGCCCUGAACUCCAACAGCAUGUCAAGGUGGGAAAGUAGUGCCUGCUCCAGAAAGCUAGGCUACAUCUGCCGCAGAACAAAUUCCACUAGGGUCCCCACUACUGAUCCAGAGGAGAAAGCCCAUGUGUGUCCCAGUCCAUGGGUGCCAUUCAUGGGACACUGCUUUGACUUGCGACGUCCAAAGAAGAGCUGGGCGGAGGCCAAGAGUGUGUGCCGUAAGGACGGGGGUGACCUCGCCAGCAUCCGUAGCAUCGAGGAGCAGGCUUUCAUCAUUUCCCAACUUGGCUACUUGUCAACUGAUAAGCUGUGGAUCGGGCUGAAUGACCACAGGAUUCCCCAGCUCUUUGAGUGGAGUGAUGAGUCUGCGGUCACAUUUGCUAGCUGGGAACUGGGUGAGCCAUCCCAUCACUCUACGCUGAAGGAGGACUGUGUGUUGAUGAGGGGGGAGGAUGGGAAGUGGGCUGAUGAUGAGUGCGAAAAACAGUAUGGAUUCAUCUGUAAAAAGAAAGCAACCUUCAGUUCAGGUGGUGGAACCGCAGUGUCUGCAGGCUGUAAAACAGGCUGGACUAGACAUGGGUCUUUCUGCUACAACACUGGACCGGAGAUAAAGACGUUUGAGGAGGCAAAGAAUGCUUGUGAGAGCAAAGAUUCCCGCUUGGUUGACGUCUCAGACAGGUAUGAGAACGCAUUCCUCACCAGCAUGGUAGGCCUCAGACCAGAGAAGUACUUCUGGAUUGGCCUGUCCAACACGGAGCAGAGAGACACAUUCGUGUGGACCAACACCAGAACUGUGAGGUUCACUCACUUCAGUGCUGGGAUGCCAGGACAGAAACAGGGUUGUGUUGCUGUGAUGACUGGGACCUCUGCUGGAUUGUGGGAUGUGCUUAGUUGUGAUAGCCAGGAAAGAUACAUCUGCAAGCAUGUGGCAGAAGGGGUGGAGCCAACAACUGCCCCGCCCACAAGUGCCAGGCCCAGCUGCCCAGAGGACUGGGUGCCCAUGGGGAACCGGGACUUCUGUUACAGGCAUUACAAUAGACAGGAAAAUACGAGGAAGACCUGGUUUGAAGCUCGAGAUUUCUGCAAAGCCAUCGGAGGGAACCUGCUCAGCAUCCACAGUAAAUACGAUCUGAGUCAGAGAGAGGAUUACAGUGAAGCCUGGAUUGGUCUGAACGCCCUUGACCCAAAUGCCGGCUUUGUAUGGAGUGAUGGUUCCUCAUCCUCUUAUGAAAACUGGAAUACUGGGGAACCCAACAAUUUCAAAGGCGUGGAGCUUUGUGUUGAGAUGCUACGUGAUUACACAUGGAAUGACUUUCACUGUGAAGCCUACAGAGACUGGAUCUGCCAAAUCCGGAAAGGAGUAACUCCAAAUCCGCCACCAACAGAAGGCAUACCAGAGUACAAUGUGACUGAGGAUGGCUGGACUGUGUACAAUGGCUCUGAGUAUUACCUUAACACUGAAGUACUUGCCAUGGAAGAUGCCAGGCAUUACUGCCAGGAGAGGUCAGGUGACCUUGUGGUCAUCAAUGAUGAGAAAGAGAGGCUAUUUUUAUGGAAACAGAUACACGACGAACGGAGAAAUUUCUUUAUUGGUCUGACAGUAGAUCUGGACAAGACAUUUCAGUGGAUGGACGGAUCUCCAGUCGUGUUUGCAGCGUGGAAUGAAGAUGAGCCCAGCUUUACAAACAAUGAUGAAAACUGUGUGGUGAUGAACCCAUCAUUGGGGUUCUGGAAAAAUGUGCACUGUGGCCAGCCUUUGCAGUCCAUAUGUAAGCGUAGUUCUGGUUCCCCCGCAAACACCACCCUGGCCCCCACAGCGGCCCCCAAGGGCGGCUGCGCUCCAGACUGGAAGGCCUUCCAAGGAAAGUGCUACAAAUUAGUUGGAGACAUUGCCUCUGACAAGAAGCCCUGGGCUGAGGCCCGGACGUACUGCAUCAACCAAGGCGGGAAUCUGGUGUCCAUUCUCAAUAAAAAGGAACAAGCGUUUCUGACCGCCCGCAUGAUUGACGUGUCCGCGGACAUGUGGAUCGGCCUGAGCUCACUGAACGAUUGGUGGAGGUUCCUGUGGACUGAUGGCAAAGCUGUCAAAUUUGAAAACUGGGGCCACAGUCAACCGAACACACUUGGCUUUAGAAUUUUCACUGAGGAGUAUGAGUGGAAAAGUCUUCAGUGUGCCCUCAUGCUACGGAAACCAGACGUAAAUGCUGGGCUAUGGAAAACCGCUGAAUGUACGAGUCCUCAGGGGUUCAUAUGCAAGAGGAACUAUGACACCCAAGCCGUGCCCUCCACGACUGCAUUCUCCAACAGUUACCAGAAGUUUGGCAACAGCUCCUUCCGGGUGGUAGCUGAAAAGCUAAGCUGGGAGCAAGCACACCAGCGCUGCAAGGAAGAUUCGGCCCAGUUGGCCAGUAUCCCGGACCCAAUGGCACAAGCCUUCAUCCAGCUGAAGACCCUUAAACACGGAAGUCUCUGGAUUGGACUCAACAGCAAUAAGACUGAAGGCUAUUUCAAGUGGAUUGAUAACUGGAAAUUCCAAUACACAAACUGGGGAGAAGAUGAGCCAAAGAGCGACUCGCCGUGUGUACUUAUGGAUACGGAGGGGAAGUGGAAGACCGAGCCCUGCAAUAACACCUACAGCUUUGUGUGCAAACACUCCUCAGGUCCCAUCCCCACUGAUCCUCCCAUGCACCCUGGCACCUGCCCCGAAUCAACACUCUAUAGAACCUGGUUACCCUUCAGAGACCACUGCUACUCUUUUGAAGGCUCCACAUAUGACAAAUGGGGUGAAGCUGUUGUGCAAUGCAUGCAGAUAGGAGGCUCCCUGGUGAGCAUCAUGGAUCCUGCUGAGAAUGAAUUUAUAAGCAGCCACCUUUCGUUCCUGUACCAGGACAGCUAUAAAUUCUGGAUCGGCCUUUACAAGAACCACAGAGACCAAUGGCUGUGGCAUGAUGGGAGUGUGGUGGACUAUACUAACUGGAACGUGGAUCAGCCCCAUGCAAACCAUCACUGCGCUUUCAUUGACCCCAUGAGCUCCAAGUGGAGCUCUUACAGGUGUAUACAAUAUGGUCAUCGUAUCUGCAAAGUGCGCAAAGUUCUACCAACUACACACACUGGAAUGACUACACCAAAAGUUGAACCGUCAACACAUCAACCAACUCACAGCUCUGGCACUGUUGUCGCAGUAAUCCUGCUCUGCGUCAUGACGGCAGGGGUUGGUGCCUUCAUCUUCUACAGGAGCAGAUUUUCUACGGAAGUCCCACGGCUCCAAAACUUUGAAAAUUUGUUAUAUUUCGGUAACACCCCGGACAGGAGCCCAUUGGUGGAGAACAUGGAGAACAUGGAGAAAAACUCAUGAUUACCAGUUUAUCAUGAUGUAAUGCAAUACGAAGCCCAUUUUUCACACCAUGUGGGAGAAAGGCACCGUCCUCCCGUUGGUUAGUUGGACGUGGGUCUUUGGAGACUGCCCUAACCUCACUUCCUUUGGUAUGACCUUUGAUACGUCCAUCCAUUCAAAAGUCAAAGUCCACCUUCAUUCAAGAUGUCCAGCAGCUGUGCUUGUCUUCAUGUAAAACUGCCAAGGAUGAGGUCAUCAACAUGGGUUCUACAUGAAAUGUACCGGUUCCUCAAGCAAAGUUCUUCCUGCCAGGAUAAACUGUUUAAAAGAAAUGUAACUUACACUGUUU